CACUUCCACUCAACACACUCUCUAUGUUCUUGUCUUCCAUCCGUCCAGCUCUACAAUCCCGCCCUUUAUUAUCACCUGCUUCUAAUUACAUUCGCUACAGCACGUCGUCCAUAAUGGCCAACUUGAGCCUGUCUACAAAGUAUCGGAUGAACUCCGGACAUGAAAUUCCAGCCUUGGGCUUUGGUUCUUACUUGAUCUCCAAUUCGCAAACACCAAAAGUUCUUCAGGAUGUCUUCAAUGCCGGUUACCGACAUGUCGAUUCCGCCGUGAUGUACCGCAAUGAAAAAGGCUGUGGCCUGGCAAUCAAGGGCUCUGGCAUCGACCGGUCAGAGAUCUUCUAUACGACCAAGAUUCUCCCCAGUGCCAUGGGACACCUAAGGACGGCGAAACAAGUUGAUGAUUGCUUGCAGGAGUCUGAAUUGGAUUACAUCGACUUGAUCCUGAUUCACGCACCCUACGGUGGCAAGGAAGCUCGACUCGGGUCCUGGCGCGCAUUGACAGAAGCUCAGCAAGCAGGCAAAGUCAAGUCAAUCGGGGUCUCAAACUACGGGAUCCACCAUCUCGAGGAACUCCAGGAAUACAUCAACAGCACCAACGGCAGCAAGAUCGAUGUUGGACAGUAUGAGAUUCAUCCGUGGUGCGACCGCCGGAAUAUCAUCGACUGGUUGAAGAAACACAACAUCGUUGUUGAAGCAUACAGUCCGUUGGCGCAUGGGUCUAGGUUCAAUGAGAGUAUUCUGAAGACGCUGGGGAAGAAGUAUAACAAGUCGCCAGCCCAGAUUAUGAUUCGUUGGGUGCUGCAGAACGGCAUCGUUCCUCUUCCGAAAUCGUCGACUGCAGAGCGCAUCAAGGGCAACGCUGAUGUCUUUGAUUUUGAAUUAUCGGAGGAUGAAGUCAAUAUGCUCCACACAGGAGAGUACUCUCCUACAGACUGGGAUCCUACUCUUGACUACGAUUAGAUUGCAGAAUAUGUAGAUUGAUCACGUAAAUAGUUGAGGCAAUACAUGUGCAUAAAUCCAGAUUCCGCCGGCGGAGAAAUCGCGGGGCUGCUUAGCAAGACCGAACCACCGC